AUGUUUUGUCUACAAGAAAAGGAUCUCCGUUCAGAUCCAUUCACUGAAAAAGACCCACUCGAAAGUCACACACUCUCAGACUCUAGUGAUGAAGAACCAUCAUCGAAACGACUCAAAUAUGACUCCGAAUUGAAUCUUAAAGUUUACCAAAUACCAACGUACAACACACCGAGUUCUUUAUCAAUUUAUCCCGUGCCAUCUCACCCACUACCGAAAUUCAUAAAUAAUCCGUUAAACUUGGCAAAUCCAUUAAAUUUAGUCAAUAAUGUUAACAAUGUAGUGAAAUCAUUGCAAAGCAGGUAUUCGUUACCAGCAAAAUUAAUGAUUACACCAGUAACUAAAACAGACGGAGAGGUAAUAAGAUAUAAGAAGAAUGGUGAAAUAGCUAAGAAACGAGGCCCACCGAAAGGAUAUAAGAGGAAGCCUAAGGACUUAUCACAGAGUUUCACCAACGGAGCUGUUUUACAGACACAGAAUAAGAUUUUGACAAGUCUCUUAGCAACCAACAACACAACGUUGACAGCCAUCGAAACUACACUGGAGGUUGUUCAGCCGCCACCAAGCGAACCCAUUAAACUGCCACCAGGCGUCGAACUGGUAGAACUGGAACUGGACCCUGAAGACUGGUUCCCAGCGGAGCCCUACCGUAUGACGUUCAGCCGAAAAAAGAACCCCAAGUGGAAGAACUUUCCGUACAGAUGUGAACAUUGCUUUAAGGGCUACCGUGUCGCAUCCACGCUUAUCAGUCACGCGGCUGAGCGACACGGAUCAGUGCCCAAGGAGCUGGCGAUACCGUGCCCCUGUUGCCCCCACGUCUCCCUUCGUCGGAAACAACACAAGAAGCAUCUAGAGGCACAUGCAAGCAGAAAGCAUCGGAUAUUCUGCCUCUACUGUUUACCACCGAACGACACAUCCGAGCCAUACGUCAAGGAGUCUGCAAAGUACCCAAUUGACAAGUACCCUCAAUACUGGUACGCUUCCGAGGAGUCUCUCAGGCUUCACAAGAAACGGAAACACCCUUACGCGGCCAUGUUCAACUACAAUUGGUUCAGCACCUGGGCCGACUACCAGCCGAACAGCUAA